GGCUGACAGGGGAGCCGGCUGCCCCGGCCAGAGGGGAUUGCCCCGCUCUCAGGGGCAAGUGGGGGGAACUGCCCCCUGUGGUGCUUGGGGCAGGGUCCUGCUCACUCGCAGGGGCGGCUGCAGGGGGCCAGUGCCCCCUGCGAGUGAUGGCGACGGCGGGGCUUGCCCCCUCCCCAGCAAUGCUGAGGACCCACAGCUUUCACUUUCGUUUCUUCUGCGCCUGAAGGGGCUGCGGGUGACCGCGCCUAGCGACCCUGCGUGGUCUCUGUAGACCCGGAACCUGGGGUUUCCUGCCUCCUGCCCCGGCUUGUCCUUGGACUGGCAUCUGUGUGUCUGCUUCCCCGUCUCGAGCACGCUCUGCAGCCUGUCAGAAGGGACGGGACCCCAUCACUCCCCUAUUAGUGAGAGAGGGAAAGCGCUUGAGCUGUUUGCUUUGCCAGAAAGAAGCGUGAGAGACACACUUGUAAACGGAACCAUGGAACUAUCAAAUAAAGCUGCUGAAUUUCCAAAUUCCACUUACCCUCCAGGUUAUGCAGGAAAUCAAGUUCCUUAUGGAUAUCCUCAGUAUGCAGCUUUCCAAAAUGCUCCAGGACAAGCUAAUAAUGCCUUCCAGGGUUACCCAGCAGGAGCUCCAUAUGGACCUGGGGGCCUUCCAGUCCAAAAUCAGCCUUCUGGGCUCAAUGGGGCAGCUUGGAUGCCAGCACCUCCUCCACCUCUCAACUGUCCACCUGGAUUAGAAUACCUAAGUCAGAUUGACCAGAUAUUAGUUCAUCAGCAAAUUGAGCUUCUGGAAGUUCUUACCGGUUUUGAAACUAACAAUAAAUAUGAAAUCAAAAACAGUUUGGGCCAAAGAGUAUAUUUUGCAGCGGAGGAAAAUGAUUGUUGUACUCGAAAUUGUUGUGGACCAUCACGACCUUUCACCAUGAAGAUUAUUGAUAAUAUGGGUCAAGAAGUGAUAGCAUUGCAGAGACCUCUCAGAUGCUCUGCAUGCUGUUGUCCUUGCUGCUUGCAAGAGCUUGAAGUUCAGGCCCCUCCAGGUACUCCAGUUGGCUACAUAAAACAAAACUGGCACCCCUGUCUGCCUAAAUUUACUGUUCAAAAUGAAGCAAAAAUAGAUGUAUUUAAAAUCAUUGGCCCAUGCGUUGUAUGCAGCUGUUGUGAGGAUAUUAAUUUUGAGGUGAAGUCGAUGGAUGAAAGUUCUGUAGUCGGAAGAAUUUCUAAGCAGUGGUCUGGAUUUGUAAGAGAGGCAUUUACAGAUGCUGAUAAUUUUGGAAUCCAGUUUCCACUGGAUCUUGAUGUUAAGAUGAAAGCUGUUAUGCUUGGUGCUUGCUUCCUCAUUGAUUUCAUGUUUUUUGAACAAACUGGGGACAAGAACCAGCGAGCAGGAGUGUGGCAGUAGAAGCUACUGUUGGACUUAAAACAUGCUUACAGAGAAAAGUUUCACACUGCUUUGUGCUCUUUUUCUAAAAUACAUUACAAAAGUCCAGUGUAUAUAUAGAACAUCUCUGGAUCUUUUGCUUAUUGCUAGUUUCUUUUGUAACUUAGAGUUUGUUGUUUUGAUAUUGCAAAUACAAUUCAAUACCUCUGAUAUUAAUAUAGAUUAAAUCUGUAUAAAUAAUGUGAAAUGUUUGUGAAUCUUCCGUGACUGGAAUUUAAACUGCAAAAUAAUUUCUUUAUUCUUGAGAGCACUUUGUAGAAGAUCUUUUAUAGUACAGAAACAUUGGGAGUAAUCCUCUGUCACUUGCACAAAACUACAGUUGAUCCUACAACAAGAGCAGAUUUUUUAAUAUUCAACAUUGACAAUGUUUUUAUAUAUAUAUAUAUAUAAUUCAGUUCUCUGUAAUAUCUAUAUAUUGUAUAUUAAACGCUAAUCCUAUAUUUUGUUUAAUUAUGAUAAAAUAUCAGCAUUCAUAUUUUGAUGUUUAUAAUCUAUG